UCAGCCUACUCCCGACGCUGAAAGAUUCUAUCUCCUCGGAAGAGACCAGUUUGGUUGUGUCCGAAGCUCGGAGUUCCGUGAGAGAGGGGAGUGUGGAGGACAUUGCCGCGGCGAAUUUGGGCCUAGUGGAUUUACUGGCAAGCUCAAUUGUGUUGGCCAUGACGACAGCUAGUACAGGCACCUGAAUAAAACCUCAUUGCAACUACGUG